AUGCUCAGUGGUAGCUUCGCAGAGGGGCAGCAGUCGGAGGUGCCCUUCGAGUCUUCAGGGGAGGCAUUGAGCGCCUUCUUGGAGUUCCUCUACAAGGGGACCUUCUCAGUCAAGAAGGCGAUUCUGCCGGAAUUGCUGCGCUUGGUCCAUCAAUGGGAGGUGCAGCCCCUCCAAUCCGCACUCAACGAGCUGCUGGUGAAGCACAUGACGCCAGAGCUUUGUUCUUCCCUGAUCGUGGACUGCGAGGUCCUUUUGGUGGACCAGUUGGAUGAAAUGCUGGAGCGUUACGUCUUGCAGAACUUCAGCGCUUGCGUGAAGACCGAGCAGUUUGGCUCGUGGCCCCUGCACCGCAUGAUUGGUCUCUUGCGGAGCGAUGAUUUGGUGGCGGAACAUGAGGAGGAGGUCUUGGCCGCCGUGAUGCACUGGCACCGCAGUGGUCCCCACCGGGACGACGCCACCGCCGCUUUGCUGCAGAUGGUGCGCUUCACCCUGCUCUCGGCGGAAGCCUUGCAGGGCCUUGGCAGCCGAGAAGGCCUGACUGGAUUGCCUGGCGUUGUCAUGAGCCGCCUGGCCGCUGCAGCGCUGAAAGUGCACCAGGGCAUGGGUGAUCCACGGGAGCGUCCCGAAACCCCGGAAGAGGCAUCCUACAUGAAAGCCGUGAAGUUGCGGAACUCUUACCCCUAUUGGUGGGCGGAUUUCGGCUGCUCCCUGCGGGGCGGGAUGGUCAUCGCCGAGCGCAGCGGGCAGUACGGCGAGGGCGAACUGGAGCCCUGGGCGGUGCACAUCCACGACCAGGCGCUCUACAUCAUCGAUGGGCGGGAGCCUUGCUGCGUGCUUCAGUGGCCCUUGGGAGCCUUAUCUGGACGUGUGGUGGUGGGCACUGGCAGCACGCUGAACGGUGUGAAUGACUUUUCCGACAUCAUUGACAUUGCCAUUGACGCCAAUGGCGAUUUGUUUGUCUUGGAUGGACAGCACGGACGCAUCGUGAGGAUCCGCGACGGUGUGGGGGAGGUUGUGGGCGACGGGGUCCUUUCGUUGGACGUGGGAACCCGCGCAUUGUACAUAGGCACUGAUGGCUCCAUCUACUUCAUCGAUGAGGGCGGCUCACGCGUGCAGAGGUACUACCAGGGCAUGACGGUGCCGGUGGCUGGUGGGCCGGAGUCCGGCGAUGGCGCCUCGCAACUGGAGGAUGCCGAGGACAUCUUCGUCACCAAAGAUGGUGUUUUGUAUGUGUCGGACAGCGGGAACAACCGCAUCCAGAAGUGGCUCCCGGGCGCCACGAGCGGGGUGACCGUGGCGGGCGGCCAUGGGAAGGGAUCGCGCUGUGAUCAACUCCAACAUCCAGUUGGCCUGCAUGUCACUGAGGAUUCCACCAUCUACAUCGCGGACUACCAGAAUCACCGAGUCAUGAAGUGGAAGGAAGGCUGGCAGUACGGCCUGGUGGUUGCUGGUGGUCAUGGUGUUGAUUCUGGGCUGCACCAGGUUGGGGGCGCUUGCGAUGAGUUGAGAGUGAAGUUGGAGGAACCAUUUCGGGAUCCACCAAGUGCCACCGAGCUUGAUGCGUAAUUUGUUUCCUCAGAAGGAAAGUGUCUGAGUUGUUUAGACAUACCAUCAUCUUGGUCGGAAGACGACAAGGAUGUGGACGUAGCACUUGAUCACCCAUGUGUGGUCCGUAACAAUGUUUAACCCUGGCAAGCUGAUAUGUAGGCUGACACCAUCGGAGAC